ACAUAUACCACACAAAUUUGUGAUUUUAUGAUUUUUAAUGUCUUAUACUACUCUUUGCGUUCUGUUUCGAGUAGCAUUUAUAAGAACUAGUAAGUACGUACUGUACUAAAAGUUCUAGCGUAAUCUUCGUCGGUGAUAUAAGCAAAUAUUAGUAUACUUCAGUGACGAGCAUAGGAUUCUCAAAAAAUCGGUUAAUAUGUUCGUAUUUUGAGCAGGAAGUUAUACUACCGUGAGUUUAAUUCAAAGAAAAAAGAACACGGAAUUACAAAGUAAUUUAAGCAGCAGCAACUAACAAAGCUGAAACUUGAUAGUUUAUUUCUAAUUUUCUAACAACGCGAAUAUAGUGAAUGUUCACGAUGAAUAAUAUCUUAAUGACGUAAUUUUAAGCUAUGGAUAGCAGCGACACGGACUAUCACGCGUCAUGCAAUAUCGAACAAUUACACACGCAUGGAUGUGCCCGAUUUACAGAGUAGAACACUGUGGGUUGACGAAUUAUGACAAGAAAUGCAUUUACCCCUACGAUAUCGACCUUAAAUUGAAUAAUAAAUUAAUUAAUGGCAUCGAGCCAGUAACAUCGACGAAUUACUGUGGAACAUUUUUCCCGAUAACAUUAAAUCUUUAUAUAACAUUUUUUUACGUUUAUAAAUUUUGAUUAUCUUGAACGAGCAAACAAAUCCUCCACCAACAAUGCGUCUACUAUAUUGUCGUUAAAAAACGUUAAACAACGCUGUUUAACCAUAAAAUCGCGUCGUAUCAGUCUUGAACACAAACGAUUCAAAGUUACGCAUUUACAAAAACAAAUAACGAUAAAUACUUUAUUAAAAAUUCAUGAUAACAAACACACGAAACAAAGUAUCGUUUAGCGCGUUAAAAUUGCUGUUACCUAAACGAAUGAUAAGAAAGUGCGACGAGUAAGUAUUCAACUUUGCGGUAAUAAUAGUUAGGAUUAGGAUCAAAAGCGAAGGAAAACCAACGAUAAUUGUAAUCGCGUGUGAUUUUUCCAAAUAAUCUCGAUAGAUUUUUGCCGUAACCUUCGAAUAGUUUUAACCAUUUUAGACGAUAGUGUUAAAAUGUUUAAACAGAAAUAUGUUAGUCUAGGACAGCUUUUUCUUUAAUAUAAAUAUCUUUGUAUUACAUCGACGAAAGUAUAUCGAAUGGAUAGGUGAUAAUUACAAAUAAAAAUGUGGAUUUCUAAAACAAAGUUGUGUUUAUUGUAACAACUUUUCGGAUAAUUCGGCUAUUAGACGUACACGUUGCGUUAACUAAUCGGUUUGUUAAUCUUGAAUUACUAAAAUGCCAUUGAAUCACAAACUAAUCCAAGUAAGAGUGAGAAUAAUAAAUUGCUCGACAUAGCCAUUGUCCUAGUCCAGUGUGGCGCAAUGGGAGGAUCUCUGGAAGAUGCGAUGAGACUCUCAACGAUCUCUAGUUUCUCCGAGUCGCAAAGUGCAUUCGUAUCAUUGAAUAUUCCUGCGUUUACUCCCAUUGGUAUCGUUUUCCCGAUCUUCUUUACGAAGAUAUUUCUCAAGUACGCGAGACAACAUAGCCGACAAUAACUGUCUGAUCCGCCUGAAAAUAUUUACUCAACGUUGCAGAAAAACAUUUCUCCUUUAACUUAUCAUAACCUUUAAGAACGAUUCGAGGAUUUUGGCCGCGUCACAUAGUUCGAUAGAACUUCACGCUUCCCUUGAAAUCGAUCGUGUUAACGAACUUGAUGUUUAUUAAAUUCUCGUAUUUUUCUAAAGUACAUCCGUUUUGUCGUGAACGAUAUCCUGGAGCAUGCGUCGCCCCGACUCAGCGCAGCGCGGCGCGGCGUCCCGGCAUCCAAGCGACGUGCCUACGAAACUCGUCGCGGAACUCUUCAGUCAGCGUCGCGACGCGUUGCAAACGUCUUUUCGUUCGUUCGACUGGAAAUCGGUACAAGAUCGACAACUUGCACAAUUUUCAAUACGCGUACAUUUUUACCUGUAACUGUGCCGUUAACGAUUGUUUCCGAUUGUAACGAUCACGUGCUAUUAAAGCGUACUAUUAAAUGUGUCUCCGAAGGUGAGAAGAUGAGAGAAUUCGGCGGCGGAUAGAAAAUGGCUGCGUAUAAGUUGUCCGGAAGAGCACGUUCGGAUUCCUCGGUGAAAUAAAGAAGAGAGAGAAUUAUCGUAGGUGCGAGCAGUGACUAAUCACGCGUGCGGAUUCCUCCAAUGUCCGAGUGCUUAUUCGUAAUGAAUCGCGAGUCACCGUUGCACCUGUUGCAUCGCCAACUAUUUUCUACGUAAUCCAGUUGCACGAUAGUUGGCUUGAGAUUUGCGAACCCGCAGGAGAACACCCGAUGAGACACACGGAAGCCGCGACCAAGCCGGCUAACACGUGCAACGCUCGAUGUUCGACGUAUAGAUUCACCAGAUGUAAGAUGAAAUGAACGAUUUGGUUCGAAGUUGGGGCAGCUGUAAAUGCGAGAAACAGCGAGGAAAAGAGUGCGUGGCAGAGAGGGGCAGAAGCAAAAUGAUGGAUACAGUGAACGUAACAGGCGCGGGGACACGAAUAUGCCUAGUGGAAGAUUUCGAAGUAUCGGAGGAUCCUCGAACUCCGUCUUUGAGACGAAUCAGCUACGGCAUUAUCCUGCCUACCAUCUGUUGCUUUGGAAUUGUCGGCAAUAUUUUAAACUUGGUAGUGCUUACCAGACGCAAUAUGCGAGGAACCGCUUACAUCUACAUGAGAGGUUAUUCAGCAGCCGCGCUUCUCGCAAUUUUGUUCUGCAUCCCUUUCGCACUCAGGGUCCUUAUUCAUAAAGAAACAGGCCGAUGGAGAAAUUGGAUGCAAGCUUUCUAUCAUACUCAUCUCGAACUUUUCUUAGGGAAUGGCUGUUUAGGGGUUGGAGUGAUGAUGCUGCUAGCACUGACGGUGGAACGUUACGUUAGCGUUUGUCGGCCUGGUCAGCACACUCGUCCGCUCUGUGGGCCUCCGCAUUUAACGGUGGCUCUCAUUCCCCUUGCAACGUUUCUGGUUUAUCUUCCGAGUGUGUUUCGCGAAGAAAUUACCACUUGUCUUCUGGCACCGGAUGGACCGGUUAUUUAUCAAAAGAGGGAAAAUCAGUCGUAUCUCGACUCGAUGUUUUAUCAGGUAUACAAGGUAAUUUUGGAGAUCGUUUUCAAAGUAGCGCCGACGAUACUUCUGGCUGGCUUCAAUCUUCGAAUAAUGAUAGUCUAUCGGCGAUCCUGCGAACGUCGUCGGCGAAUGACACUGUCCAGGACAGCGAGCAACGACGAAGAUCCGAGAACGUUCGCGGAAGAGAGAAGACUCGUGCUUCUUCUAGGCAGUACCAGCAUAUUGUUUCUGGUCUGCGUUAGUCCUAUGGUAAUUCUGAAUGUCACAUUGAGGGAGAGCAAUCUCAGUCACUAUCCUUACCAGGUGUUUCGCGCUCUGGCCAAUUUGCUAGAGGUAAUUAAUUACUCGAUUACCUUCUACAUCUACUGCAUGUUCUCGGAGGAUUUCCGAAACACCUUGAUCCGCACUCUGCAGUGGCCCUGCAGGAAAACCAGCCACGAGGGACGAGGACUUCCGAUGAAACGUUCCUCCAUACCGAGACCGACCACCACCACCACUACCACUACUACCAUCACCACCACCACACUACCGACAACCGCUGUUGCGACUCCUGGUCAUUUAACGCGUGCCAGCGUUUACUGGCGUUUAGUCUCUCUCUUCCUAUCCUAUCCGCAUCAAAGUCAUCUAAAAGGAGAGAAACCGCGCGAAACCGAAUUUUCCCAACCGCAAAACUCCGACGCGGUAUAUCAGUCUACUUCCUCCGGCAAUGCUUUAACAAGCAUCCCGCGGUUGUUAAAUAUCAUAACGCGAUAUCGGAUACAUCGGCAGAUAUUAGUAUAUCGCGACUCGCGUUUCGCUUAUGGAACGAACUCGAACCAACGCGAUAUCGAACUAUCGUUUCUGCCGUCGAAGCUCUCCAACAAGAAGAUUCACCAAUUUUUCACUGUGAUGCAUUCCACCCUUAUCGGUUCGGCGACCGAACCACAAAUUUACAGUUCCGACUGAUAUUUCCACGAUCUUGUCAAUCGCUAGCGAGAUCGGCUCGUGCUAAUAUCGACGCGGAACGAAAGGAAACGGAACGAAACAGAACGAGACGGAACGAAACGGAACGAAACGGAACGAAACAGAGCGGAGAUAUCGCGUUGGUUACAACCGUUACCUUCCCGAAUUAUAUUCGGUUGGCAAUAAGUGAUUGCGGAUGUUGCCAUUAGAUGGUAUAGACAAAAUCCGCAAUCACUUAGUUGCCAAUCUAAUAUAUGCACGUGCUACCGAUUCAUAGAUUAAAAUUUUGGCGGCCAUUUUUUGUCACUGAGAUCUUCCCGCAUUUCCGAGGAGACUUUCCUACGCUCUGUUAUGAAAGCAAACCUAUUUUGUCGAGAUUCAAAUCAAAUUUCGUUCCGAUCGUUCUACGACGAAGGUGCAGACGAUUCUGCGCUUCUAUAUCUUGUUUUCUAUACAUGACACGAUGGUAAAAAGAGUACGCGCAAAGUGCGACAAGCAAGCUCGAUACUUCCGCGAUAGAACAGUUCUGAACACAAAGCGAUGCGUCAAGAAUGGAGCGGAAAUGUAUUCGAAAUGUAAGAGAACGGAUUUAAUAAAAGGUAUUUGCCAACGUUCCGAAAAUAUCGAAAA